AUUUAUGCUUCAACUCUUCUAUCUUUGUCACACAGUCUGUGUUCUUAUUCAAACUUGGUCUUUCUCCAUUCAUCAGUGCAUUUGUUUGUCUAACAGUUAAUAUCUUUCUGGGAUGUGUGAAUGCUAGAUUUAUUUGUAAUAGAAGUUAGUCACAGGUGAGAUGCUGUUUGUAGAAAAGAGUGUGGUGUCUGUGUGUCAGGCUAUCUCUCACAGGGCACAGAGCAGAGAUUUGAAAAACCGGGGGUUGAGAAUAAUUCUGUCAGCCAAAGUCUGUGAUCUUUGUACCUGUGACACAGUCAGAAAUUCACAGGUGUCUCUAUUACAAAUAUUUGCUGCCAUAAUCAAACAUACUGAGCAAAUUACUGGAAGAAAGCUUGUGUAUAGGCAUAAAAUGAUGACAUGCAGAUCUGAACUCACGCUUGCUGUCUUAGUGAGAUGACACUAUGGUGAAACAGCAAGUGAGAGAUGGAUAACUGCAAACGACAUUAAAGUGGACAAUAAUCUACACGAUCUCUGAUAACGUCCCAUUUCAAUUCCCUUCUAGGGAUACCUGUGUUGUUCUGAAUUCUGUGCAUCUUGACAAACACCACAAAUAUGGACUACACGCUGGCCCUCCUGUUUUCUCUGCUGCAACUUUUAAGUGUGGGUACGGCUGCUCCUCUCCCCACGGAAGUAGUGAACAUGAAAUCCAAAGUGAAAUGGAUGGCUGAGCAGCUGGUGGUUCGGCUGAACAGGGACUUCCAGGUCCCCGUUGGCCUGACACUCAGCCCGCCUGCUGAUGAUCUGGGUGGACCUUCCUCCAUAGUGGCAGUCUUGGAGGGUUAUAACAGCCUGAUCUCUGACACUUUUAACGGCGUCUCGCAGAUCAAGUUUGACAUCUCUUCACUGACGGGAUACCUGGAUCAGUGGCGUCAGGGUCACUGCAGCGAGCAGCGGCCAAAGCCUUCAGUGCCGGGGCCUCUGCAAGAACUACAGAGUAGGAAAGCGUUCAUUCACACUGUGAGCAUUGAGGCCCUCAUGAGGGUGAAGGAGUUCCUCAAUCUGCUGCUGAAAAAUCUGGAUCAACUUGAGACUUGCUGAAAGACAGACAUUAGGACCAAUAUUUAUAAGUCGCAGGGCUGAGUUUUAGAUUUGCUGAGUCUGCAUCUGCGAUGUCUGACUUCAGUGUCUUGAAGGAAAUUUAUUCUUGAACAUGCACUUAUUUAUACACACAUGUAUUUAUUUAUAUAUUGUAUUAAGAAAAUGUGUAUUUUGAGACAGAAAACAUACUUUUCAUCCGAAUGACUGAAUCAGCUGCUUAUAGGUUUGUAUUAUUUCACCUGUUGUAUCAACAGUGGGUGAAAAAUAUUGAUCUGUAACAUUAAUAUUACAUUAAUACAGUCAUGAAUCAGCUGCAUAAGGAUGAUUACAGCUCGAGGAAAUGUCACAGUGAGCUGUAAUGUCAUUCCUGGAAAUUCCUGAAAACCAGGCUGGAACUUGCCAAGAAUAUUACGUGUUUGUACAACACUACUACAAGGACAACAAGAAUGGGAAACAGAAACUUUUUCAGCUCUUCCAAAAUGGCUAUUUAUAUUUGCAGAUGAUAUUUAGACUAUUUUUGUACAGUUGACUAUUUUUUUGCAAAUACUGAAUAUGAACUAUGAAUAAAUAAUUGUAACAUG